UGCCCUGGCUACGAGUCCGUCUGCUCAGCUUCGUGAGCUUAAGAAUGAGUUCAUGGGCUUCUCGCCAAUAUAUUGACGGUGUUUAUAUUCCUGCUGGCCUGCUCAUUGCUGGCACUGCAAUCAUGAAGUUCGAGUGGAUUGUUUACGCUGUGGCGUUGGCCGUGGCUCUCGGGGCAUAUAAGAUCUUCAGCAACAGACAGCGAAAGGUCCUCAAGCCCAACGAGUUCCAAAAGUUUGUGCUCAAGGAGAAGACGAUUGUCUCUCACAACGUUGCCAUCUACCGCUUUGCCCUCCCACGUCCCACCGAUAUCCUCGGUUUGCCAAUUGGCCAGCACAUCUCCCUUGCUGCCCUUGUCGAGGGCCAGACUAAGGAGAUCGUUCGAUCGUAUACUCCUAUCUCCUCCGACGACAAUGCUGGAUACUUCGACCUACUUAUCAAGUCGUACCCCCAGGGUAACAUCUCCAAGCACCUGACUACCCUGAAAAUCGGCGAUUCUAUGAAAGUCCGCGGACCCAAGGGCGCUAUGGUCUACACUCCGAACAUGGCCCGCCAUAUCGGUAUGAUUGCCGGAGGUACCGGUAUUACGCCUAUGCUCCAGGUUAUCAAGGCAAUCGUCAAGGGCAGACCAAGCAACGGAGGAAACGACACCACCCAAGUCGACCUUAUUUUCGCAAACGUCAACGUAGAGGACAUCCUCCUGAAGGAAGAGCUCGAUGAGCUAGCCAAAACCGACAAGGGCUUCCGUGUUCAUUAUGUUUUGAAUAACCCACCGGAAAUGUGGCAAGGCGGUGUUGGCUUUGUUACUCCAAACAUGAUUAAGGCCCAUCUCCCAGCUCCAGCUGAUGAUAUCAAAAUCAUGGUCUGCGGUCCCCCGCCCAUGGUUAGCGCUAUGAAGAAAGCCACGGAGUCUCUAGGCUAUAAGAAGGCCAACCUUGUCAGCAAGCUGGAGGACCAAGUUUUCUGUUUCUAG